AUCUCAUAUAUAAUAAUAUAACACUGGUUUAGUUCUCUACUUAUAAUUUAUGAAUUAAAAUUAUAAAUUAAUGUUUAGCAAAAUAAACAAAUGAGUUACACGAUUUCUGAAAUUAUAAGAUAUCAUAAUUUAAAAUGUCUGUAUCACUUUAUGGUGAAGAAAUCAUACAGGAGCCUGGUGUUAACAAUCAAGGACCUUGUAGCACAAAUGAUUUUGAACAAGCCAAAUUAAUAGAUCCAAUAGAUAUCAAAGUGGAACCUGAUAUGGCACUUGUACAUUCUCUAUGCUAUGGAAACAAUGACGGCCUGGAAAGUCCAGAUGCCAGGACAGAGAGCAACGAGGAGGACUAUACACCAUGGCAUAGUAUCUUUCAACAAACAUCACAACAAGAAUCGAUUCAACAGUUUGAGGACAACCAAGUAAGCAGCCCAUUAUAUCGCUGCAAGUUUUGUUCGUAUCACAGUGAGUAUAAACACCUUCUGGACGAACAUGAGAAAAUACAUGCAACCACAACUGAAGAUAAGUUUACCUGUGUUAUUUGCCUUGAAAUAUGUGAGGAUGAACGUAGUUUGAAUAAACAUGAACAAACACACACAAGAAACAAAUCAUUGAGCUGCAGGUUCUGUGGCAGAACAUUUGCCCGAGCCAGUCGACUGAAAUUACAUAUUAGGACACACACUGGUGAGAAACCUUACAGUUGUGAUGUUUGUGAUCGUAAAUUUGCUCGAAGCUACUAUCUGACUGAUCACAAAUUGAAUAUGCACUCAGACACUAAAAAAUACAAAUGUGAGAUUUGUCAACGGGAGUUCUCAAAAAAAUAUUAUUUGAAUGAGCACAGAAUAACACAUACGGCUGAGAAACGCUUCACCUGUGAAAUCUGUGAUAGGAAAUUCUCAUUUAAAAACAACUUUAUUGCACACAAAAGUAUGCACACUGGUGAUAAGCGUUACACAUGUGAUAUUUGUAAAAAAAAAUUUGCAGCUAAAUGUAAUUUGAGGCGACACAUCAUCGGACAUAGAGGUGCUAGGCCCUUCAGCUGUAGCAUUUGUCAAAAGUCUUUCACACUCAAAGGGAACUUAAAAAUUCACAUAAGAAAACAUACAGAAGAAAGCCCAUACCAAUGUGAAACAUGCAUGUGUAAGUUAGCAUCAAAAAAUAACUUAAAAGAGCAUCAAAAAGUCCACACAGGGGAGAAGCCCUUCAGCUGCGAUAAAUGUCACAAGUCAUUUGCACGGAAACGCAAUUUACAAGAACAUCAAAAAAUCCACAUAAGAAAAUUGUCUAAUAUUGACAAAAAUAACUCGAACCUUCACAUCUUUUUUCCACGGGACAAAAGCACACAAGAAAUUGGUUUAAAUAAAUGAUGUGCCCUACUCGAACCAUAUUCAAAGAAUCUUAAACUUGUUAUAAAAACUCUAGUUAUAUGUUUUUUCGUAAAGCAAAACUGUUAGAAGAAAAAAAAUAUGGACUAAAAAGCCACCAAUAAGAAUUGCAACCGGGUGGAUAAACCUUGAAAGAAGUUAUGAAAAGCAAGAAGCUGAGAAUUUAGCUAAAAAAAAGACUUUAAACACUUUCUACUACCCUAUCCCAUAUUACAGAAUAAUAUGGUUGUAUCACAUGGUCUGCUGCAAAAAAAAGUAUGUCAGAUACGGUAGCGAUAGCAGCAGAGAUCGAAAAGCAAGAAAAUGUGAAGACAACCUUUCCCCUUUGGAUGAGAAUACUAUAGACAGAAAGCAAUGGAAAAAGUUGGAGGCCUUAGCAGAUAGGUAUUAGAUACAUUUUGUAAAGGUGGAACAUACAAUUUAGCUAUCCAAAUUCUUUAUAUUGUAUUCUAAUAUCAUAUAAUGCAUAAUAAAUUAAUAGAACUGCUCUGGUUGAGGAAUAAAAGCUUUAUUAAUUACCCGUCGAUCGUGAAAAAACGAGGCACAAUAGCUUAUGUAUUGUUUUCGCACGCUUGAUGAAUGAAUGAUUAAGGACCACUAUACCUAUAGAGGUGUGGAUAGCCACAUUCUACAUGGUAUAUAAAACCGUAUUUGUACAAGAGCAUAAAGCAGUGUUUUUUAAGGUUCAACUUAAAUGGCGCAGAGUCGUAGCGCCUCUGCGCCAUUGUAACAUUUCUGCGACCCGCGAAACCACUAGACUCCAACCGAGUGCU